AUGUACACCCAAUCUUCUGACCCCAAAACUGUUUGUCCUCACUGUAAACGUGGAUUUUGCUCCUGCUCUCACUGUCACAAGAGCGGUCACUCUGAAGCAAACUGCUUUGUCAAGCACCCCGACAAACGACAGUCCAAACCAGUCGUUUAUGCCUCCAAACAACACUCAACUCACUUCACUCCCUACACUCAAGAAGAUGAAGAAUAUCUCAAACAGAAAUACCCUGACCUUCAUCUCUGA